AUAAUGUCUUGCUUGUCUAACACGGAUGCUGAAAUACGUUCUUGCAAUAUUGAACUCUCGAAAAUUCUCCCUAGAGGUUAUGAAGAAACCGCUGUUUGCUACGAAUCAUCUCCCAGCGCCGGUGACGCCGUUUGCGCCUUCAACGGAACAGGGUACACCCUCGACGGCUCUCGAGUCAAGCUUGACGAGACCGUCCUGUGUGAU